AGACCUACAUUAAGGCCAGCGAUCAGAACAACCGCCGUAUCUACAACCGGACCAACCAUAAGACCAACUGCCAGACUAACAACCAGCACCGACUCACCAUGCUCAGCCUCAUCAAACUACCUCCAGUCCUGUCCAUCAAAGAGGUGCCCAAAGUCUUUCAGGAGGACUCCAUCAUGUCUGGGUACCGGCCUCCUCGCAGCUCGGCCACAGACUGUGUCCUCAGUCUCUUCCAGAUGACCAAUGAGACGCUCAACAUCUGGACUCACUUCCUGCCCACAUGGUAUUUUCUAUGGAAGCUGGUGAGUGUGGUGUUCCUGUACUCGGCCUGGCAGGACUCGUACACGUGGCCGUUGGUCAUGUACCUGAUCUCCAUCUGCCUGUACCCCCUGGCCUCCAGCUGUGCCCACACCUUCAGUUCCAUGUCUCCCCGCGCCCGCCACAUCUGCUUCUUCUGGGACUACGGAGCGCUCAGCUUCUACAGCCUGGGCUCGGCCAUCAGCUACUCGUUCUACGUGUUCCCGGACAAGUGGGUCAACAGCUCCUUCCACCAAUACUUCAUCCCCAUCGCUGUGUGCAACAGCAUCCUGUCCACCGGCCUGGCCUGCUACUCCAGACUGGGCCUGCCCUUCCUUCACUAUAAUCAGGACUCUGUGAAGAGGUUUCCGGAGAAGCCAAGUCCAAAUUUAAGUAAGGCUGUGCGCGUGGUGGCGUUUGCCUAUCCGUACCUGUUUGACAGCAUUCCUCUGUUCUACAGGGUGUUCCUGUGCACAGAUGACGGCUGCACUCACAAUAACACAAACCUGAUACACGUUUACCACAUCGGCCUGGCCUUCCUCACCGGCUUCCUGUUCUCCACACGUUUCCCAGAGCGCCUGGCCCCUGGAAGCUUCGACUACAUCGGCCACAGCCACCAGCUCUUCCACGUAUGCGCCAUCCUGGGCACCCACACACAGAUGCAGGCGCUGGAGCAGGACAUGCUGGUGCGCAGGCCCUGGCUCCUGGAGCACGCCCUCCCCGUCUCCUUCGGCAGCUCCGUGGGCGCUGCCAUCUUGAGCCUGCUGUCCACCGUGUUCAUCAUCUCCCUCUUCAGUUUGCCUCUGCUCCUGCCCGCCAUGUCCAAGGACCGGGUGCCAACAGAGAGUGGGCAUCGGAAAGAGUGCCAACACUGAAACACAGAGGAAGAGACUGAGAAGCAUGUUUGGUAAAGUUGAGGUUAAAGAGCAAUCAAAGAACAAUGUUACUGAAAAUGGAAAAUGGAGAAAAUGGAACUUUAAAAUGCACACAUUUGGUUUCCUGAGAAAUGCAGAAUUAUAAUGUUUGCAACAUGUGGUAUUUCAUUUAGCAGCACCUUUCCAUUAAAUUAAUUAUUAAUAAAUUAUUAUUAUUAUUUA